GUCAUCUCUGUCUCGUGGCUCAAACAUCUCUCAGGAAACAUGGUUCACAUCAUGCUAGAUUACGUCGAUCAUGUGACCUUUUGCUCCAGACUGAAGGCUGCGCUCAUGGAGCAGAAACAGUGGCCUGAAAUCUGCAAAAUUCAAGAGAAUGUCUGCUGUCUGCAGCAUCUCUGUCGGCUGAAGAUCAAGGCUUGUUUGGGUCGGUUGGGUUUGAGAGCUCCGAUCUUCAUGAGCUUUCUUCCAUUACCAGAACGACUGAAGCAAUACAUCCUGUACAAAGAAUAUGAUCUCUACGCUCAGAAAUGCCAAACACAAAGCAAAUAAACCAGAAUUCACACCUGUAGAAACAUAAUCACAGCUCAGCGCAAGUGUAAUAGACACUCCAUAAUAGACGUCUUGUCCAGAAUUAUGUGCAUAUUCUUUAAAUAAAUGUAUUAAAUUA